AAAAACCUGUUUCAUGGAUUCUGAUAAGUCUCUGCACAUCUUUGCUGGUCUUCUACAUAAUCUUUAUUGCUGCAAUGGAAAUCUCACACAUGGAUACAGACAAUAUCAUCAGCAAUGAUUCAGAAAACGAAGUGUUUUUAACCGAUUUGGAAAUGAGAAAUAAUGAGGGGAUGUGUACCGCCCUGGCUGCUUUACAGCACUACUUUCUCCUCACAACAUUUGUAUUCACAACAAUGCUGGGAGCUGAGUUUUGUAUCCGCUUUAUUUGGUUCACUCCUUCCUUGCCAGAACACUUCAUGAAGAGCGCACUCUCAAUUGGAUGGGGACUUCCAGCACUGAUUGUCCUGAUAACCAUUGCAGCUACUCUCCCGGGAACAAAUGGUUAUAACCGAAAAGAAUUUUGUUGGUUAGUUGCUGAAAAUGAAAAAAAGCAACUUGACCCUGCAAAACCGAUGCUGUUAUCUUUUCUCCUGCCAGUGGGUAUAAUCCUUCUAGCAAAUAUCUGCAUUGUUUUAGCAGUUGCAGUGCUUGUAAUUUGGAAAAAAAAUCCCAAAAUAAAAAGCACUAGAAGAAUUUCACUCUUAAAGAACACAUUGGCCACAUUCUCAGUUGCGUCUUUGCUUGGAGUCACAUGGGUGUUUGGCUAUUUGACGCUCCUAGAUACGGAUGACAAUGCUCACAUCAUUUUCAGCUUCAUUUUCUGCAUAUGUGGCUCAACUCAGGGUCUUCAAAUCUUCAUAUUUUAUACUCUGCGAGACCGCAGAUUUCUGGAGAAGAUAGCUGCUGCAAUUCGGCUGUUUAAUAAAUGCAAGAUAUAUAUGAAUUCACAGAAGUACUGGGUCAAUAGAAUGCAGCAUAAAAAAUCUAAGAGACAUCUAGAAAAAUUUAGGCAUUUUUCAGACUCUGAUGAAUUAAUUUCUGGAUAAUAGCAAUUCUAAAAAUAAUGAAAAAAAAUAUUGAAAAACAUUGUAAUGUGGCAAAGCAUUAGAUAUUUCAUUUGUUGGAAUACACUAAAACACACCAAUCAGCACAAGUUUUUCGAUCAACUCACUCAAAUUUGUAUAUUUUAUUGUUUACUCAGUUGAUAUUUGAGCUUCUCUAAUGAUUAACAACUCUUUAUAAAGAGUGAGUGGGGUACUCAUUAUCUACUAUUUGGCACCUAAAAGAAAGAAUGCUGUAUUGCAAGAUGCCUUUAUUUGUGUAAUACCUCCAUUUCAGAAGUGAGUCUUGGUACUUGGCAGCAUCUUAUAUUAAUGGUGAAGGUUUCAAGCCCACUUUUCUAUGGAACAGUGUGUGAAAUGGGUUCCUGUCUAUAGACAGACAGUUAAAAGAUAGACAGUCAUUAGGUAGACACUAUAUGGUCGACAGUCAAAAGUCAGACACAAAAAAAGUUUUGGUUUUUUACAACUUUUGCCUCAUUUACUAUCCAUGUCACAAACUAUUACCUUUUAGUAAAGUUGUUGCGAGCGAAGCGAGGCACCGAGCCCAAAGCAUGCAAGUGGAUGAAUUUCACCAAAUUUGGGUUAAAAAUGUUAAAAAACACAAAAUAAAAAUUAUACAUUUUUUGUGUUUGUUUUAUGAGCCUGUCUGACUUUUGACCCCGUCUGACUUUUGACUGUCGACCAUAUAGUGUCUAACUAAUGACUGUCUAUCUUUUAACUGUCUAUGAGCUAUACCACAAUCGUGUGAAACACAAAGGGGUUUCUGUCCACUGUAUCGUCACAUAAAACUGUUGUAAUGUAGCAAAACGUUACAGAGAAGAUUUAAUUUGUUGGAAUGGGUUCGAUAUGAAAUACAGCGCAUCAGGAUGCCAGCAGUCAUGACGUUGGAGUGUCUAAGUAUCUUUAACACCCCCCCCUCCCCUAAUCCCCUUGGGUUGGCGGCUAGAAUGAACCCUCAGAGUAUGGCAGCUAAGGCUAACCCUCAGGGGUUAUAGAGUAAAAUUCAGUUCCACACCAACUUAACAUAGUAUCAUAUGAAUAAUAACUAUAAUCA